AUGGCCAGGUCGCGGUCCGCUUUCUUCAGGAAGUCCCACCCCGUGUCCAAGGUCGGUGAACAAGCUCACAUCGACCUCGUGAUCAUUGAGGACGCUUUCCAGCAGACGUUUGUGGUGUGCCACAUCACGGACUCGGUGUCUUGCUUCCAGAUGGCGGCAGUGCUGGAGUCGAAGGCGACCCAAGCGGUGGUGGAGUUUUUGCAGACCCAAUGGAUACCGUUGAUGGGCCCGCCAAGGACAUUAGUUGCAGACCAAGGACGUGAAUUUGUCUCGUGGGAGUUUGAGCAGUUCUGCAACUCCCGCUCCAUCUACCUCUACCACAUCGGUGUUGGUGCUCCUUGGCAGAAUGGUGUUGCUGAACGUUCUGGAGGAACGCUGAAGGCGCUUGUGGGUGCGGUGGUGAAGGCUCACACCAUUGCAGGUCGCAGCGAGCUGAGCUUGGCCUUGGGUGAAGCUGUAGCCUCCUACAACUCUGAUGUGAACGAAGAGGGCGUGUCGCCUGUUCAGGCAGUCACGGGCCGACAGCCCGUCAUGCAGGGCGACGUGCUUGGAGGAUUUGCCUCUCGACUUGCAGAACAUUCCUUGAUCGAGAGCAAGCCCACCCUAGCGCGCCAGGUGGCCAUCCGCGAGACAGCUCGUCUGGCAAUGGUGAGACUUCAUUUUAGUCGUGGCCUUCGACGCGCUGAGCUUGCUCGAGCUCGCACAACCACGGUGGAGAACCUGCCGCAGCCUGGACUCAUGGUGGCAAUGGAGCAGCAGCGUGAUGGACGUGAUGGAGCCAACAUCUUCGUCUCCUUCAAGGGUCAGUUGACGAAAUGUCCUGCUGAACAUGUAAGGGCGGCGUCUUCGUUGGAGCAGAUUGCCGCGGAAUCCUGGGAGGAGGCCAUCAAGGAGGUGAUUGACGCAGCUGCUCAAGAUGCAGAAUUGGCUCUACCUGCUGUAGGUCCUGGAGGUGAAGCGCAACCCUUGGAUGAGUUAGCGGAGUUGGACGACGACCUUGAACCACCUCAUACACAACCAAGUCGUGCAAUACCUCAACAGCCAUUGGUUGAGCUCGGCGGUGUGGCGCCAGCCGAGAUCGUGGCGGCUCUGCAGCCUGCAGUGUCGUCCGCGGUGACCCCCAGGUCAUCCUGGCUGUCUCCAUCGGAGAGAAGUUUGCAGAGUGGCCCGUUGAGCGGUGGAACAAUGCCUGGCACUCCGAUAGCUGGACUAUUUCAACGUCGACCCCGGCUACAAGAACUUGCUGGUCAAGGUCAGACCAUCGAGGUCGAAGAUCCAGGUCGUGGAGUGAAGCGACCGGGAGAUCUUCUUGAAAGAAGCUCGCAGGCAUCCAAACCGCCGGAGCCACCGGCAACUGGAAUGGCAAUCUCGCCUGAGGAGGGCCACGAAGCCUUCUCGGCCAUCCGACUGACGAACGACGAGGUGCGCAAUAUGGUGGAGGCGUGUGAGAACAGGCAUCCACUUUUGAAGGUGCAAGCCAUGGCUGAGCUUGACCGGAGAAAUCCGGUGGAGCGCAUGGAGAAUGACCACGGCACUUGGGACGGCAGAUGGUCCCAGCUUUGUCAGUCUGAAUGGAACUUGAUGCGAGAGUUGGGAUUGCAGCUACCUCCCGGCAACGCACAUCAUGUAGAUGUGGUGCAAGCGGCUCGCAAAGAGUACAAGUGGUCCGAGAUGAAUGCGGACCUCAAGAACCAGUUCAGAGAGGCGGCGGUGAAAGGCUGGAAAGCCUAUGUGGACAAUGCUGCGGUGGAGAUCCUCUCCAUGGAGGAAUCUCGGAAAGUGCAAGAGAAGCUGAUGAGGGCUAACGAGCAGGACAAAAUAUUAAGGCCCAGGUUUGUGAUGACCGACAAAAAUGAUGGGGUCAGGACUUCGGCUCGGCCCCUACCAGUACUGCCAAGCUCGCGUUUGGUGGCGCCCGGUUUCCGCGAUAGAGCAAAUUUGGAAGGUGCUCUGCGGAAGGACGCGCCUACAGGGAGCAGGAUAGCACAGCACUUGCUCUUCAACAUCACGGCCAGCCGGCCGGAAUGGGCCUUGAUGUCAGCUGACGUCAAAGCCGCUUUCUUGAAGGGCGACCCAUACCUGGCCCGUGAGCUGUACCUGAUGGGCACCGAUGACUCCAAGGGGCCAUCCAUACCGCUCAAGCCAGGCCAGCUGGCUCGUGUCCUCUUCGGGCUUGCAGACGCUCCUCGGGAAUGGUGGAUGCGUUUGGAUAGAACGCUUCGCGAGAAUGGGUGGGUCCGCACCCUCAUCGACGGAGCGACCUGGCUGAAGUGGUCAGCCAACAACGAGCUCGAAGGCAUCAUCGUUGCUCACGUCGAUGACCUUUUGUUCUGCAGAUGCUCUAAAGCAGAACACAGUCUUCACAAGGUGGGUAGCGAACUUGGAUUCGGAUCCGUUGAGCGCAGUGACUUCGUCUGGUGCGGGAAGAGGAUCAGACGGGCGUCUGACAACACCGUGCGCAUCUCGAUGAGCGAGUACCACCAGAACUUGCAACCUGUGCUCAUCCCAAAGCAUCGCAAAUCUGAUCUGGACGCGCUGCUGACGGCCGGCGAACAGAAGCAGCUGCGUGCAGUGGUUGGGUCAAUGCAGUGGCUUGUUGCUCAGCUGAGGUUCGACAUGGGCUUCGUGGUGUCCUCGCUGCAGAGCGAGAAGGCGACUGUGCGCACCUUGAUCAAGGCUAACCAGGCGGUGGCUGAAUUCCAGCGAGAUGUGCACUUUGAGUUGAUCUUCCGGCCCCUGGACCUGAAGGAAUGUGGCAUCAUGGUAGUGACGGACUCGGCGCUGGGCAAUGUGAAGCUCAACGGCAGCGAUGAGGGCAGCCCUUUGGAGAAGGUCUACUCUCAGGCCUGCUACUUUGUCCUCCUCGCGGACAAGGAGUUGCUCUCAGGCAGGAGGGGGAAGUUCAACGUCUUAGAUGCACGGUCACACCGCAUUCCCCGUGUUUGUCGCUCAAGCUACGCGGCGGAGCUCUUGGGCACGGAGGAGGCGUUUGAUGUUGGACAGUUGUGUCGCGGUUUUCUGGCGACCGUCAAUGGCUGGAACAUGUCUGGACAGCAAGCGCUGGAAAUGUGCGUGGUGGUGGAUGCCAAGGACGUGCACGACAAGGGCAACAGCGACACUCCAAGCUACGGCUCUCAGAAGUCCCUGGCUUUCACAGUGGCUUGGCUUCGCUCGCAGCUGAAGCAGCCUGGCACUAGUCUGAAGUGGACUUCAACAGAGAACAUGUGGGCGGAUGGCGGCACCAAGCUGAUGGACUUGACCCACAUGCGAAGAAUCAUGGCGUCAGGCGAAUGGUCAGUGAAGUACUGCCCAGACUUCGUCAAGCAGGUGUCGAAGGUGGUCAAGGCCAAACCGGUGAAGCUUGCAGCAGGCGCUGAACUUCCUGGAGAGGCUGUUUCGGGAGGAGAUGAACUGCUACCACACCUGAUCGGGCUCAGCGACAAGCGUGGCUGGCACUUCCAGGCACGAGUGGGAAUUCAGGUGGAUUUCCUCCACGAGAAGGGCUACCUAGAAGUGGAGCACAAGGACACCUACAUCGAUGAGGCCAUCGGCUGGUCCAUCGCCGCCCUUGGCUUCCUCACCCAGCUGGCUUGUGGGUUUCAGUUGCCCUGGUUCCUGAACUUCUUCCUGUGGCCGAUCCAGCUGCUUGAGGCCACCAUCGUGUGGACAGUGAGUGCCUGA